AAAAUGGGAUUCGAAGAAAAUAUGUAGUUACUUCAGACCUCACAUACUUCAGCAGUGAGGGCACAAUUACAAUUUUGUGAAUUAGGGUUAGUAGCAGUGGCCGAAAUGGCCAACCGAUUUUACGGUUACUCUUCCCCAUCCCCAUCCUCAUCCCCUUCCGCCUCCACUCUCCAACGCUAUCUCGACGCCGACACCACGACUCAGUCUCAGUUGUUUCACCAGCUCCACCCAUAUGCCGCCGCCGCACUCAUCAAACGCUCCUCUCAAGUUCUCUACCAUCAGAAUGUUUUGGAUACCCAAAACUCACUUGGGCAGCUUGAAGCUUGGUAUUCUGCUAGCUCUUUAGUUAAGCGACCUAGAUUGGAGAGUGCAAGCAAUUUACCUAUAUAUCCUCAACGGCCAGGAGAAAAAGAUUGUGCUCAUUAUAUGCUCACAAGAACCUGUAAGUUUGGAGAUAGCUGCAAAUUUGAUCAUCCUAUUUGGGUUCCCGAGGGUGGAAUCCCAUAUUGGAAAGAGGCUCCUGUUGUUCCUGCUGGUGAAUCCCUCCCUGAGAGACCGGGAGAGCCAGAUUGUCCUUAUUUUAUGAAAACGCAAAGAUGCAAGUUUGGUUCGAAGUGCAAGUUCAAUCAUCCAAAAGAUAAAAUGGAUCCUUCUGGUGAUUUCGAGAAUGUACAUGCAUCUGGUUUGCCAGAAAGGCCAUCUGAGCCCCCAUGUGCUUUCUACAUGAAGACUGGAAAUUGUAAAUUUGGUGCAACUUGCAAAUUCAACCACCCAAAAGAUAUCCAAAUACAGUUACCCAUACAAAACAAUGCCAACUGCGAGCAGAAUGAUACAUUCUCAAAUAUUGGGGGAAUAACUGGAGAUAUUAAGCCGGCACUGUAUUAUAAUUCCAAAGGACUUCCAAUUAGACCGGAUGAAGUAGAUUGCCCAUUCUACUUGAAAACUGGCAGUUGCAAGUAUGGGCCGACUUGCCGCUACAAUCAUCCUGAUAGGAAUGCAUUCAUUCCUCCUGUGGCAUUAGGUCAUUCGCUUGUAGCAUCAGCAAGUAAUCUGAACGUUGGAGUUAAUCCAGCUGCUUCUGUAUAUCAAACUAUUGGCCUCCGAUUAAGCCAGACAGCUAUACUUGCACAGCAAACAUUGCCAACGCUGGCAGGAUCUCCGACUGUGAAUCCCCAGAGACCUGGACAAACUGAAUGUGAUUAUUAUAUGAAAACCGGCGAAUGUAAAUUUGGGGAGAGAUGCAAAUUUCAUCACCCUGUUGAUCGAUUUGCAACCAAUGAAGCUUCUCAGCAGGCUAUUAAGCUCACACUUGCAGGAUUACCUAGAAGAGAGGGAUCCAUUCAUUGUCCAUACUACAUGAAGACGGGGGCAUGCAAGUACGGUGCAACGUGCAAAUUUGAUCACCCACCCCCUGGGGAGGUCAUGAGUGCAUUACAAGGAACAUUCACAACAAUGUCUGGACGAGAAACAUGACAUGACAACACAGGUAGGAGAAGCUGGUUUUUAGAUGGUUUUAUGGGGAUUUCUGUAUUAAGAGCAUGAUACUUUACGGAAACCGAGCUUCAGAUGGGCAAUAUGAAUGCAGCUAGGGUGCACUAUGGCUUGCUUGUAGUUGUAUUGCAGUUGGGGAAUUUUAUCUGUUCCGAGUUGUAAUUCAAGUGUUGGAUUGAAAGAC